AUGCGAGCGGUCCUACCGGGGAGACCCCCAGCCAAGCUCCAGUCGUUCAGCACGGCGCUGUGGGAUGGUCUUCGCGUUGUCGCUUACAUCUCCGGUCACGCGCUGAUCAUCCUCGGCGGUCCGCAGACGCUCCUCCAAACGAUCUACGUCGAUGACACCGAAUCCCUCGAGGCGGUCGCUUUUGAUGAAGCAUCAGGAAAGAUUGCUGUGUGCGGUGGACCGGAUGUCUUCGUGUACCAGCCAUAUGGCAUCCAAGGCGAGACUCUCAAGGUGCGCAUACUCGGACCCACGACACGGAGCUUCUGGUCUCUUGUGAAUACUUUUCGCGCCGAGGAUGACGACGAACCGAUCUAUACCUUGUCAUGGGGAUCCCCGAACGAGCUUCUCUUGGGCAACUCCCACCUCACCAUUUGGUUUCUGAAUGACAACCCGCGCCUGAUAUGGAAGCGAAAGCUUGCGAACCCCGUCAAGUUCGCCCAAUUCUCCCCCGAUGCCGAGUUGGUGGUCACCGUGGGACAGCAUGACCGCCUAGCCAAGGUAUGGAGACGGCUUGCCUUCGGCGCAGACGAAGUCCGGUUCGAGGUUUCAUACCUCCCCCAUCCUAAUGUCGUCACUGGAAUACACUGGCGCUUACCAUACCACCGAGACCAGUCGAUGGAUAAUGUGCUUUAUACUCUGUGUGCCGAUAACAAGAUUCGAGUGUGGGCAGUGACGGACCACCAUGCUCUCUUCCCUCUCCAAUUUUGGGCAGAUAUUGACAUGGAUGUCUCUGUUCAGCCUCGACAUGCGUCCGACAUGGACCAAGGGCCGCAGCGGCGGUAUGGAUUUAUUCUGGACAGCCGGGACUUUUGUGUUGCGACGGAGCGUGCAAUCCAAAGAAAUGCCGGGAACAAAGAAAACCAUGCCCUGGAACAUAUCAUCGAGGUUGCGAACAAAAGCCCAGAAAUUUGCAUCGUGACCGACGGCCAAGGACACAUGUCUGCCUGGGCAUUGGAAGAUAUUGGCGCCAAAACCAAGACCAAUUUGAGUGUUUUCAACAUCUUGCAUGUGGAGAACUUGGACCUGGGGUUCAUGCCUGGUCUGCCGGCGAAAGAGGACUACGCCCAGGUUCGUGUUUUCCAGAGUACAACACCGGAAGACACGCUCAGUAUUUUGGUUCACCAUUUUGACGGCCGCAUCGAAUGGUACAAAUCCCAGGUGGAUGUUCUAUUUGAUCCCGCUCCUCGCAGAAAACGAAUUUUUCAAAACUCGUCCUGGUCCGGGCAUACUGCUCCUGUCAAGAAGAUUGUCCGCAAUGCAACUGGCGAUACACUUGUCUCGCGCACAGAUCAGAACAAAGCUAUGAUCUGGAGGCAGAAGCGGCGGGAUGCUGGUUCGAUUUUGGCCCACAACAGCAUUCUUCUUUCUGAUGAACAUAUCCAUCGGACAUGUGUGCUUGAGAAUGGCGACCUGCUUGUCAAUCUGCACCAUAAUGGGAUUUCACUGUGGGAUUUCAGCUCAUAUCACGCCAGGAAAGUGGCCUCUUUGCCCUUCUUCCUAUCAAGCAAGCCGCUCUGCGUGCUUCCCAUCCCCACGACAGAGAAAGAUGUGGCAUAUGUAGCAACCAUUGGAGCGGACAUGCAUGGGAUAGCGUGGGAGAUCCGGUGGCCUACACACAAUGGCCCGACAAAGAACGACGGAGAAAGCGAGACCUGUCUGCUUCGGAAAUUCUGCACAUUUCACAUGGGUUUGGAUGAAGACCUGGCUUAUAUUCUCCCCGUGGAUCCUGCCGGGCCCAAGAUUCAAACCACGGGGUUCUUCGACGCCUUUUCUGCCGACAUCGCACUUUCAUAUACACAAAGUGGAGUUUUACGGACGUGGACUGCAAAAGUUGACCAGGCAAACGCCAAGGUGGACUGGCUGCUGAAAUCGACUGUUGAAACAGGAAUCGUGAACCCAUCCCUGGCAAGUGGGAGCUCCAUCCGCAAAGCCGCACUAGUGGAUGAAGACCGCACUCGCUUGACGAUCUGGGACACCAACAAUGCUCAGCUUGAGUUUGAGGAGCAUUUCGCCCAACAUGACAUUAUCCGGGAUCUCGAUUGGACAUCUACCCCGGAUAUGCAGUCUAUCCUGGCUGUGGGAUUUCCUCACAAAGUUAUUCUUUUGUCACAGCUUCGUUAUGACUACCUGGAUUCCCAACCCUCGUGGACGCAAGUCCGAGAGAUUUGGAUCCGCGACCUCACCCCUCACCCGAUUGGAGAUUCUUGCUGGCUUACCAAUGGCCAUUUGGUCAUCGGGGCUGGCAACCAGCUGUUUGUUUAUGACAAAGAUAUCGACGUUAGGGACCGCCUCGUCUCUGAGCUUCGCAUCCCGUGCCGGGGGCUGUCUUCUGUCGACCUCUUCAACGUUGUCAGCCGCUUAAACGGCCCCUUGCCGGUCUUCCAUCCGCAAUUCCUGGCACAAUGCAUUCUGUCCGGGAAAACAAAUUUGGUGCAUGCCGUCUUGAUAAACCUACAUCGAAAGCUGAAGUUUUACACUGAAGGUGAUGACCUGGACGGCUUCUUGGAGAUGCCCUUGGAAGAAUUUUACGAGGAGCAAGACGUAAGUACUCCAUACCUAUUUAAUGUGUUACAACGGAAUACUAAGCAGCUCCAGACAUCACACCAAGCGGCUUUGAAGGAAAUGCGUUCUUCCUAUGUUGAUGCCGUGGACGAAGAAAUGUCAUUUGUCAUUGAUGAAACAACUGCGGCCGCACUCAAUGAGACUCUGGCGCGAAUUGCUCUCCCGCAGCUGUCUAGCCACGAGCAAUUCCGUCUUGUGGAUACCAUCGAAUGCGUUGCGACAGUAGAAAAGCACCGGCGGUCUAUGGACGACAACGCAGCCCGCUAUUUCCUCUUCUUUCGACAACACAUGCUGAGGAGGAGCCAAGGGGUAGCGAACAAAGACAGAGUCUCGUGGAGAGAGGUUGUCUGGGCCUUCCAUAGCGGCAGCCAGGAUAUCCUCACAGAUCUUAUCUCGCGGCAAUUCAAUGGCAAAUUGACGUGGAAGGCUGCUCGCGAGAGCGGCAUUUUCAUGUGGUUAUCAGACCCGAUAGCUUUGAAAACACAACUUGAGGUCGUUGCAAGAAGCGAGUACACAAAGACAGAGGAGAGAAACCCCAUCGACUGUACUCUCUACUACAUUGCCCUCGGGAAAAAGAAUAUUCUCCAAGGCUUGUGGCGUAUCGCGCAUUGGCACCGCGAACAAGCAGCCACACAGCGCCUGCUGGCCAACGACUUUAAGGAAGAUCGAUGGAAAACAUCCGCGCUGAAAAAUGCGUAUGCGCUGCUUGGGAAACGGCGGUUCGAAUAUGCCGCGUCAUUCUUCCUUCUCGCGGAUCACCUCCGCGAUGCCGCACAUGUCAUUGCCAAUCAGAUCGGGGACCUGCAGCUGGCCAUUGCGGUUACCCGAGUCUCAGAAGGAGACAAUGGACCGGUCCUCCGAGAACUAUUGGAGGAGAAAGUCUUGCCUGAAGCCGCGUCUGAGGGCAACCGAUGGAUGGCUUCAUGGGCAUUCUGGAUGCUUGGGCGGCGUGACAUGGCCGUGCGAGCUCUUAUUGUGAGUACGCUACAAUCCAAAUCCUAUCUAUCCAACGACCCGGCCCUGGUCGUUCUGUACCAACAGCUCCGCGAAAAGACCCUCCAGACCCUCAAAGGCGCCUCGCAGGUGCGUCCCCGCGAGGAAUGGGAGUUCGUCCUUCGUAACGCGCGGCUCUACGACCGCAUGGGCUGCGAUCUGCUUGCCCUCGACCUCGUCCACCGCUGGGAGUUUCUGGGCGGACUGCCCACCCACGAUGUACAGACCCGGCUUCAGCAAGAUGGCGAGGAAGAUAAUGUCGACUACAGAAAACUGCUUCGUCGCCGCAGUAGCCUGGUUGUUGCCGACAUGCCGAUGCGACCCGCCGAUGCCCAGGUUGCCAAGGAUGCCCCUGAGACUACCACAGCGGAUAAACAGCAGCAGCAACCCAAGCCCAAGCCGCCUCCCACGAUGUUCCAUGAGCCCGAUGCCAAUUCGUUGUUAGAUAGCUUUGGGUUCUAG